AUGAAAAUUCAUAUAGGAGGGGAAGCAUAUACCCGUAUUAAAAAUCAAGAUGCUAAAAGUUUUAGAGAGGAGCGACUAUUUAUCACUGAAUCUUAAGUUAAAACUAAAAGCCGAGAAGUUAAUGAUACUGAUGGAAAGGAUCUUCAGAAUGCUUAUGAGCAGAGAAUUCAAGAUGAAGAAAGAAUGAGAAGGAGGAUAAUAAAAGAGAAACAGUCUGCUAAAGAUGACAUUGAGAAAAUGCAAUAAAAGCACUAUCUUAAGACGAUGAAACUAAUCACCCAUGAGCCCUCAAAUUCAAAAUAUUACGAUCCUUAUCCAGUUAAGCCUGGAGUUCACUUUAUUAAGGCCUUGGUAUGUUCAGAUAUACCAAUAAAGCAGUUGAAGAUUCCUAUGCCUCAUACUGUGGGUUUAUUUGAUGAACGCUUCUACCUUUACACAAAUGAGAAGGGAUAUUUAGUCUAUAAAAGUCACUUUAAAGAUUAAGACUUUAUUGAUGCUUGCGAUAAACCUAUUAGGCAUGCGAUUAACAGAACCUCAGAAGCUCCAUUUAUUGUUAAAAAGCAAUAAGACUUCCCACCAUAUAAUAUAGAGAAAACAGCUAUUGCGUAUAAAGAUGAAAAAAUAGAGGAAAUGCUAACUAAGAUGGAGGGUGAUGUGAUACUCCAAUAAUUCAUUCAUCCAUUUGGAGGCAAAGCGACGUUCCUCAGAUUCUAAUAUCAUAAUCCUAAAAGUGUCUCAGGAAAGCUUAAUACUGCAGUAUUAGUUACUAAUAGAGGUAGGAUAAUGGAAAACUUAUCGAUUAAGGGACUCUAGGAGAGAGCAUUCGUUAAUCAAAAUAUAAUAAAUUCAUUCGAUGCUUUUACAUAGAAGUAGUAAUAAGGAUUUAUCAUCCUAGAGGAGAUCGCUUAGCAGUUGAUAGAAUUUAUGAUAUGUUCCUACAGACUAAAGAUGUCAAAGAUAGUCUUGGAUUUUAUGAAAGAUGAUAACGAUGAAAAGAUCUGCUUUAUGGGUGUAAAAUAUUUUGAAGUUGAUGAGAGAAGUGCUUUGUACAAACAAAUACUCUGUUAAGACGAUGAAGUUAAAAAGAGAGAACUAAUGGAUAAGAAAUAAGAUCCUCACGAGGCAUAGUUAAUAUACCAAUGCAUACUGUGCAAGGAGCAUUAUGAAAAAUGUGAGAUGAAGAGAGUCAUUACCCAUAAAAUGAUCAUUGAUCUGAAAAAUCACUUAAACAAGCGAGGAAUAUUUCUGCUAGAAUAGAUAAAUCCUCAAAUCCUUAACGACCUUAACAUCAAUCACUAGAAGUGGAAAACUAAUACAUGCAAAGUUUGCGAUAUUUGCUAUUUAAUAGUAGUUGCAGAAUAAGAUCUAUAGAAUGUUGAGAAAAGAUUUGCUGAGGUUCAAAACAUCCCAGUUCUUAAAACUGAUAGCAAGAUUGAGGAAUAAUAAAUGGCAGAAAUGAAUGCAAUAGCUAACAAAGGCAAACCUAAAUUUAAUACUAGUUAAUUUAAAGAGCAGCUGAUUUAAUGGCGCAUUUUGAUAACUUUGAACUAAUUUUUUGAUUUAGAAAAGGAGGAAUUAGAUCGAAUUAAUAAGAACAAGGAAAUAUUCUAUCUUUAGAUUAAGCUGUUUGACUAUAUCACAAUAUUUGAAGUAAGGACUAAUAACUUUAAGAAGAUCAAAUCGUAUGAUCCAGAAGUCUUGGACUCAGAUUAAAUCGUAGUUAUUACUAGCUUAGAUUUAUUCAAGAUUAGAGUGCAUUACUUCUUCACAUAAACAGCUAAUAUCAAUACUUUUCUCACAAAUAUCAAAAUUGAGCUUAGACUAACUCUAGGAGAGUCUUGGACAAAGAAUGUGAUAGCAAUGGGCUUCAUCAAUCCCUUCAAGUACUUAAAUAAAUUCAAUUAUGAUCGAGUGCAGAUGCAAUCUUUCAGAGCAUUUUUAUUUUCAGAUUAAAUGCAGCGAUUUAGUCUCGAUGGCAUGGUCGGAUUAAAGCAAGACUAGCCAAUUAAAACAGAAAAUGUUUAACUGUACCAAUAGCAUGAUAUUUAUGUCCCAGAUAACGGAUAUUAUAAUUGUGAUCCCUUCCCUUUAGAAUGGCUUGAAAUAAUUGAUCGUAAAAUUAUGCUUGGCAAUUACACUGAGUUUGAGGAGGUUGAGCAAAAUACAAAAAAAUCUCUUAAUUAGCAGAUAUUUGAGAAUUACUUUCCACUGGCUAAGAUUGAUGAAGAGAAAAUAUCGAAAAUUCGUAAUGAGCCUCUAAAAGAAAGACCUAAGAGUGCAAUUAAGUCUAAAAUCUAGUAGUACAAUCUAAACAUGCUAUAAGUAAGGUAAACUCCUGGCUAGAGAACUAGAAACGCCAAUAAUAUCUUUAAAACGAAGUAGGAUUAUGGUUAUGGAGACUUUCUAACUUAGUUUGAAAGUAUUUCAACUUCAAGACAUUAGUUCAGUACAAUUUAGAAUAAUAAUGAUAAUGUCAAAUCUGAACGAAAUAAUACUUCAUCAGCUUAUCUUAACAAGCAAUAUCAAUCUGCAAAGACACCCUCGAUGUUCAAUGAAUAGAAGAAUAUGCCUAAAUUUAUUUCUAAUAGCUCCAGAUAAUUUACACAGUAGAGCACAGGAAGGAAUAAUGCUACUCCUUAUAAUGAUGAAAAGGAGAAGAUUAUACAUGAGUUAUCAAUAUCUGAAAUUUCUUCUAAUGUUAGAGAUAUUUCGCAGGAUCUUGAUGAUAUUGUAAAUGAUAAGCUCAGAUCUUCUUAUGAUUAAAUUGGCGUCAAUAUAAAUGCAAGGAGCUCUACUGCAAACGGAAGGAGAAUAAUGAAUCUGAGAAAAUCACAUAACAAUCAAUACUUUACUCUCAGGAAAGAAUCAGUUAAUUCUGAUGAAUACUCGAUAGCUGAUAAAUUUUAGCCAAAUAGUGGCAAGCCAAUAGACUUGAACAUGAUUAAAAAGCACUUGAAGAAACCGAUUACUCUGAAAAAGUUGAUGAAGAGAUUAGAAAGAGAGGAUGUCAAUGAUAUGAAAGUCUAAAAGUCCUCUGAAGCAUAUGUGAAUAAAAACCUGAAAAUUAAGAAGCCCAAAAAGUUGCAGUCUAGCAAAGAUAUAUUUAUCAAGAAUAGUUAUCAGCAAUACUCUGAGUACAAGCAAGAUUUCAAUAAGGUAAUUGAGAGAAUUACAGGAGGAAAGAUUGAGAAAUAAAAGAAAAAGAGAAGUAAAACACACAAGAGAAAGAGCCGUGGGAUGGGAUAAGGCCAUUAUGGAUCAGUAGACCCAUAAAUUGAAAGUGAAAAUAAAAGCCAUUCUCUGAUAAGGACUAAUGACAUAUUGAACCAUAGUAUUGAGGAGGAAAAGCCUGAUGACUUGUAAUUGAUCCCUUCUGAUUGA